AUGAAGACACCCAACGAGGUUGAAUCAACUCGUAUAUAUGCUAAGUUUCAAAAAGCCUUAGAACGUUUAUAUACAUCUCUGACAAAGGUUCUUAAAUCUGGUAUACAAAUCCGUGAUAAGAUAGCAACACUGAAAUCGGUACAGGGAAUACUCAUGAAAGACUAUGAACCUUUACUUAACAAAGUAAUCAGAGGACACAUUGAGGAGGAUUGUUUUAAUAGUAUACACGACGUAAUAAGACAAGAUGUGUCCAACGAUGAAGAGGAUAAUUACUAUGACGAGGACAUAGAGUUUACACCCAUGGGCUUGAAACUAAAUUGCAUUCACCUACUUGCGGCAUAUUGUAGACAUCGCAGUGAAUUUACAGGAGACAUUAUGAAGUGUAUAUUAGAUCCUGAUCUGUAUAACUUUUCGAGCAGUUGGGAGAUUGAGGGCGCAUUGAAAUGCAUGCAAAUUAUUAACGAAGUUAACAUGGAACACUCGUCAAUAGAAAAAUACAAAAUAGAAACUGGAAGAACCAAAGAAUCGAGGGUGGCGGAAGCUAGCAAAAUGUCCCAAUCAACAAGAAGCAUUUUGACGAACGAUAAAUGGAGUAAUUUGUUUGUUGAGAAUUUAGGCGAUUUAUUGUUACUGACAGCUGAGAAUGUUUGUGAUCACGUUGAUGCCUCUCAGCUGUUUGGUUUCCAGUUGAUGAACAAAACUGAUUCUUACACUUAUUCGAAACAAGUGUUUUCCGGUAUAUUGGAAUAUUUUGGGGAACUCAUCGAUGGAUGUAUCAUGCAAUAUUUAUGUGAAAAUCAGCCGCUGGUUCUUCUUAACGUUCUAUUCAAGCUAUGGAAUAAAGUAUUAACUGAAAAAAUUUUCGCACACAAACUUUUGGCUUUUCAUGCUUACUUGGUGUUCAUAGAGAAAAUUCCAUUCGGUUAUCCAUCCGAUGCAAUUCUCUACACAUUUGCCUGUGUCAGUAUGUGUAACGGUUUGAAGGAAGCCAAAACUAAUGAUGAUGUAAAAAUCUUCGUUGAUGGUUUACAAAAAUUAUCAAAAAGAGUUACGGACAAUUGGACACUAUGCAACGAAAAAUCUAAAAAGUUGAUGUUGUCAAAAAUAAUAACAAUUUUAGAUUUGAAAAUCUCAGAAGGUUUUAAUGAAUGUGACGGAUUAUUAUGUUAUAUCACAGAGGAUGUAAAACAAGAGUUUGCGGAGAGCGAAGAUGUAGUGGAUUAUAUGAAAGUAAUGUCUCAGGGUAGAUCAACAAUGUAUCCAAUGAUGUCGAAAAUACUCUUUCGUGAUAAAUUGAAAACUUUUACCUCCAAUCUAUCGAACGCAAGGUAA